UGCCUCUGCCGCCCCCGCCGCUCAUGCACAAGUACGAAGAGUUCAUGCUGCGCCGGUACCUGGCCUCGGACCCGGACUGCCGCUGGUGUCCGGCCCCUGACUGCGGUUAUGCUGUUAUUGCCUAUGGCUGUGCCAGCUGCCCAAAGCUAACCUGUGAGAGGGAAGGCUGCCAGACUGAGUUCUGCUACCACUGCAAGCAAAUAUGGCAUCCAAACCAGACCUGCGAUAUGGCCCGUCAGCAGAGGGCUCAGACUUUACGAGUUCGGACCAAGCACACUUCAGGUCUCAGCUAUGGGCAAGAAUCUGGACCAGUAGAUGACAUCAAGCCAUGCCCACGAUGUAGUGCUUACAUUAUAAAGAUGAAUGAUGGAAGCUGUAAUCACAUGACCUGUGCAGUGUGUGGCUGUGAAUUCUGCUGGCUUUGCAUGAAAGAGAUCUCUGACUUGCAUUACCUCAGUCCCUCUGGCUGUACAUUCUGGGGCAAGAAGCCAUGGAGCCGGAAGAAGAAGAUUCUUUGGCAGUUGGGCACAUUGAUCGGUGCUCCAGUGGGGAUCUCUCUCAUUGCUGGUAUUGCAAUUCCUGCCAUGGUCAUUGGCAUUCCUGUUUACGUUGGGAGGAAGAUUCACAGUAGAUAUGAGGGAAGAAAAACCUCCAAACACAAGAGGAAUUUGGCCAUCACAGGAGGAGUGACUUUAUCAGUCAUUGCGUCCCCAGUGAUUGCUGCUGUUAGCGUUGGUAUUGGUGUCCCCAUUAUGCUGGCAUAUGUUUAUGGGGUUGUACCCAUUUCUCUCUGUCGUGGAGGUGGUUGUGGAGUCAGCACAGCCAAUGGAAAGGGGGUGAAAAUUGAGUUUGAUGAAGAUGAUGGUCCAAUCACAGUGGCAGAUGCCUGGCGGGCCCUCAAGAACCCCAGCAUUGGGGAGAGCAGCAUUGAAGGCCUAACUAGUGUGCUGAGCACCAGUGGGAGCCCUACAGACGGACUCAGUGUUAUGCAAGGCCCUUACAGUGAAACAGCCAGCUUUGCUGCCCUUUCCGGGGGCACACUGAGUGGUGGCAUUCUCUCCAGCGGCAAGGGAAAAUACAGCAGGUUAGAAGUGCAAGCCGAUGUCCAAAAGGAAAUUUUCCCCAAAGACACAGCCAGUCUUGGUGCAAUUAGUGACAACGCAAGCACUCGUGCUAUGGCCGGUUCCAUAAUCAGUUCCUACAACCCACAAGACAGAGAGUGCAACAAUAUGGAAAUCCAAGUGGACAUUGAAGCCAAACCAAGUCACUAUCAGUUGGUGAGUGGAAGUAGCACAGAGGACUCUCUGCACGUCCAUGCUCAGAUGGCAGAGAGUGAAGAGGAGGGGAAUGGCGGUGCUGGCGGUGGCGGUGGUGGUGGUGGCAAUGAAGAGGAUGCCCCUUGCAAACACCAAAGCUGUGAACAAAAAGACUCCUUGGCCAGCAAGACUUGGGACAUCAGCCUGGCCCAGCCUGAAAGCAUCCGCAGUGACCUAGAGAGCUCUGACACACAGUCGGAUGAUGUGCCAGACAUCACUUCAGAUGAGUGCGGCUCCCCCCGUUCCCAUGCCGCAGCCUGCCCCUCGACCCCCAGAGCCCACGGUGCACCGAGCCCAAGUGCCCACAGGAACCUCGCUGCUCCAGCUGAGGGCCAGACUGUCUUGAAGCCAGAAGAGGAUGAAGUGGAGUGAAGGCUGCUGCUCUGAGAAGCACACUUGUUGUAACUGCAUCUUUUGGAAUCUUUUUUGGGGGAGGGAUGGGGAUUUAUGUAUUUUGAUUCAAAGAUUCUCUGGUCAGGGUUCCCCCAGGGAAGUUCUGAGAAAUUUGCAAUUUCUUACCAGAUAAAAAAUGAAAUUUUUGCCUCUAAUAUCCCGCCCCUUAUCCCCUUGUUUUUAGUUUUAAUUUAUUGGUUAAACUGAUGUUGGCAAUCUGUGAGGUGUGUCAAAGAAUGUACAUAUGUAUGUGUGUAUAUUGUAUGUAUGCUAACAUAUUAUUGAUGACACAUUUUAAUAAAGAUUUCUGUGGUAAUUCACCUCA